AUUUCUCCCGAACGGGACAGCAGAGAUCCAACGGUUCUGCCUGUGAGGCGGAUAAAGGACCGGCGCUAGGACCCGGGAGAGUCGGGCCGCCACAGAGGCAUUGCAGACAGCGCGUUUGGGAGGUGUAGUGGAAGAAAGGCAAGAGAAACGGAGUAAAUGAGAGACUUCUGUGCACAUUGUUGAAGGACUUACCAACUCAAAAUACCGCCGAAACGGCCCACUGUAAUGAGGCGGACACGCUGUUGAGUUCCCGUACAGGUAAACGGCCGCGUUUUCCGUCGCGUGGUUAAACUACAAGAGGCCGACAGCCAGACAGGCUAAUAGGUUACCACCAUUGAGAGGGCGGCUUUAAACCCCGGGACCCCAUCUCCAGGCUCCUGCACAGGGCUGACUGAAGAAAGCAAGUUUGUGUCUCUCCCUGAGGGAAACCUGGAUCCUCCAUCCUGCCCACCAACAUGACCAAUGUGGUGAUCGUCAAGGAGGGAUGGCUGCAUAAAAGAGGAGAGUAUAUAAAGACCUGGAGGCCAAGGUAUUUUCUCCUGAAGAGUGAUGGUACUUUUAUUGGUUACAAAGAGCGACCACAAGAUGUGGACCAGCUGGAAACCCCCUUAAAUAACUUCUCUGUAGCACAGUGCCAGCUGAUGAAGACGGAGCGGCCCAAGCCCAACACAUUCAUCAUCCGCUGCCUGCAGUGGACCACUGUCAUCGAGCGCACCUUCCACGUGGAGACCCCCGAGGAGAGGGAAGAAUGGACCAAAGCCAUCCAGACAGUGGCGGAGAGCCUCCAGAAACAAGAAGAAGAGAUGAUGGAUUCCUCUCCGGACCCCAUGGACAUGGAGGUCUACCUGACCAAACCUAGACACAAAGUGACUAUGCACGACUUUGAAUACCUCAAACUCCUGGGAAAAGGCACUUUUGGCAAAGUUAUUCUGGUAAAGGAGAAGGCCACAGGACGCUACUAUGCCAUGAAGAUCCUAAAGAAGGAGGUGAUCGUAGCAAAAGAUGAAGUUGCUCACACACUGACAGAAAACAGAGUCCUCCAGAAUUCAAAGCAUCCGUUCCUAACAGGUUUGAAGUACUCCUUCCAGACACAUGACCGCCUGUGUUUUGUCAUGGAGUAUGCAAACGGCGGCGAGCUUUUCUUCCACCUGUCACGAGAUCGGGUAUUCUCAGAGGAGCGGGCUCGGUUCUACGGCGCGGAGAUCGUGUCAGCGCUGGACUACCUGCACGCCGAGAGAAACGUGGUUUAUCGAGAUUUAAAGCUGGAAAACCUCAUGCUGGACAAAGACGGACACAUAAAGAUCACAGAUUUCGGCCUGUGUAAGGAGGGGAUCAAAGACGGCGCCACCAUGAAAACGUUCUGUGGGACACCAGAGUACCUUGCACCCGAGGUUUUAGAAGACAACGACUACGGCCGUGCCGUGGACUGGUGGGGUCUCGGUGUGGUCAUGUACGAAAUGAUGUGUGGCAGACUGCCCUUCUACAACCAGGACCACGAGAAGCUGUUCGAGCUCAUCCUCAUGGAAGACAUCCGCUUCCCUCGCACUCUGGGUCCUGAAGCGCGCUCCCUGCUGUCUGGUCUUCUGAAGAAAGACCCGAUGCAGCGGUUAGGUGGAGGGCCGAACGAUGCAAAAGAAAUCAUGCAGCACAAGUUCUUUGCUGGUAUUAAUUGGCAGGAUGUUUAUGAGAAAAAGCUGGUCCCACCAUUUAAGCCCCAAGUUACCUCAGAGACGGACACGCGAUAUUUUGACGAAGAGUUCACGGCACAAACCAUCACUAUCACGCCACCUGGACAAGAUGACAGUAUGGAGUCCUUUGACAGCGAACGGAGACCCCACUUCCCCCAGUUCUCCUACUCUGCCAGCGGGACGGCCUAAACCCUCAAACAUUCCUCUGGUCCCACCAUCUCCACCCGACUGCACUCUCCAAAGGCCGAGGCGUCAGCCGUGUCCUCUCAGUAUUGUCUGCAGGAGCUCCCGUUGGAUGCAACAUUCACAAUCUGCAAAGCUGUGUUUAAUAGGAAGGAGGGGGUGCAAGUAAAACAAAGAUGCAUGUGUUUGCUCUGAGCGGCUUUUUAGAACUGACCGUGGAGAUGACACUACCCCUCCGUUCCUGGUUACCGAGCAUUUCUACAGCAGAAUGGAUGCAGGAGGGGGGAUAGUUGCACAAAUUAGGGUACUGCUAUAAAUCAAAUAAUCUCAAUAGGUGUCUUUUAUACAUACAAUAAAAUAUCAAACAUUUUAAAAUAGAAAAUAGGCAUGCUGUGGACCAAAAACAUCAUGUGAGCAGAGAGUGAGUCUUUUUCUUUUUUU